ACAGGGUUAGUUUGCAGAGAGUCACUCCCACUCUGUGGCUGGGAGAUUUACCUUAACUCUUCAAAAUCCUUCCCACAUCAACAACAAAUCAGAUCUCUCUCUCUCUCACUCACACACACAAGCAGGAGAGUAGAGCCAGCGAGUGCGUUGGGCUAAUAGCUGAGUGCACUGUAAUCCAGGGAGUGCACUGAAGCGGGGCUUUCAGGCUGUUGCAAGCUCCCAGUUCCCACUCAGACUCCCGGCUCGUUGUAUCUGGAAGGAACGCUCCGGGACAGCGGCGAGACAAGGAGAAGGCACGUGACGAAAUCCAUUUUCAGAUCGACCAACUUGAGUUAAAGAUGAGGCUAAGCACAUUGCAGCUUCCUUUGUGGAUCAGUCUCCUCCCUGUGGCUGCAGCCGUCGCUCCAGUGGGUUGUGCUGCUAGCCUCGACUCACUUUACUUCAACCUUUGUGAUUUAUCAGCUGUCUGGGGGAUUGUGUUACAAGCUCUAGCCAGUGCUGGCAUUCUAAGUUGCUUUGUGCUGACACUAGUUUUAUUAGCGAGCAUACCCUUUGUCCAAGACAGCAAGAGGAAGAGUACCAUUGGAAUUCAGGUUUUUUUCAUUUUUGGCACAUUCGGGCUCUUUUGCCUGGUUUUUGAUUUCAUUAUCAAUAAGGACUUCGCAACCUGCGCUUCCAGAAGGUUCUUGUUUGGCGUUCUGUUUGCAAUCUGCUUUUCCUGCAUGUUGGCACACUCUUUCAGACUGAACUUGCUUGUCAGAAAAAACAAUGGUCCUAAAGCCUGGCACAUUUUUAUCCUGGCAUUUUCUCUCACCCUUGUGGAAGUAAUAAUAAAUACUGAAUGGUUAAUAAUCACCAUUGUAAGGAAUAAUGGCACCAGUUCUGCAUUUCUUGGAGAUCCUUGCAAUAUUGCUAAUAUGGAUUUUGCCAUGGCUUUAAUUUACGUUAUGUUUCUUAUUGCAAUUACAUUUGGUCUUGCUGUGUCCACUCAGUGGGGUCAUUUUAAACAUUGGAAGAAACAUGGUGUAUUUAUCCUUGUCACAGUUAGUUUCUCCAUCGCCAUCUGGAUUGUGUGGAUUGUAAUGUAUGUUUAUGGAAAUAAGAAAGUCGGAAAUCAAACCUGGAAUGAUCCAACACUCUCUAUUGCACUGGUUGCCAACGCCUGGGUGUUUGUCUUUAUGUACAUCAUCCCUGAGAUCUGCCAUCUGACAAAAGCCAGUACGGAGCAGCAUUAUGUCGAAGAGGUAUAUCCAACAAGAGGAGUGGGUUAUGAGACCAUCUUAAAGGAACAGCAAGCUCAACACAUGUACAUAGAAAACAAAGCAUUCUCAAUGGAUGAACCCAAUUCAGCAAACAAGCCCAAAUCCCCUUACACAGGUUAUAGUGGUUACAAUGGACAGCUUCGGAACAGUGUAUACCAGCCGACUGAAAUGGCAUUGAUGAACAAAACCAACUCGUUAGAAAAUCCCUAUGAGCAUUAUAUCCCGAGGGUCACCAUUAACCAGUCAGCGUUUUCCAGUAACGCCUCCACCCUCCGUGCAGAGGAUGCAUUUACAGCUGAGAGCAGGCAGACUGCCCAACAAGAUGGCAGGAAUGGACCGACAUUUUAACACCUUGCAUGGCUGCAGAGAGAACACCGACAAAAUGUGAGCUCCCAAUAUGGAAGAUCUCUGUGGUGAAAGGAGUCUCUCUGCCAACAGUUUGCUAAUUUUUUUUUU